AUGAGCACCAAAAGUGAUGAAAACGCCCGUUAUUUUGAAUAUGGGUAUAUUGAAGGGGUGGAAAGGCUCGAAAAGUACGAGCCUGGCGGAUAUCAUCCCUUGUUGAUCGGGGAUAUUAUCCACGACAGAUAUAAGAUUGUGAACAAGCUGGGUUUCGGUGGCUAUUCGAUUGUUUGGCUGGCUCAUGAUAUUCGUGAUAGACAAUAUGUCGCCGUUAAAGUCGGUAUAGCAGGUCUUGCCCGACACGAGUUUGAAGUUCUUCGCGAUCUUUCAAGUACAGCUUCCUCCAUCUCUCACCCAGGUCGGUCUUCAAUUCCAAACAUCCUCGACGAAUUUUCGGUUGAAGGUCCAAAUGGGGCGCACCUAUGUUAUACAACCGCCCCUGCACGAUGUGAUCUUAAAGAUGUUGCCUGUGGUCGCAUCUUCUCUUUGCAAGUUGCGAGAGCUUUGGCUGCUAGAAUCACGCAGGCCCUUGCAUACGUACAUUCACGAGGAUAUGUGCAUGGAGAUGUGCAUAUUCGCAACAUUCUCGUCAAGGCUUCACCGGAGCUCGACUCUCUUUCUCUCGAGAAGUUUUACAGAGAAUAUGGAGAUCCGGAUCUCACUCCUAUUGAACGUCGGGAUGGGAAACCGCUUCCAUUGAAUAUUCCAUCGACUGCAGUCACACCAAUAUGCAUGGGCCGAAUAAAAGCAGAUCGAUUCACUCUUGCUGAUGCCAAAGUACUAUUGAGUGACUUUGGCGAGGCGUUUGAUCCAGCGGUUCACUCUCGUCAAGCUCAGGAGAGUCACACUCCUCUCGGUAUACGGCCACCGGAAGCCAGAUUCGAGCCUCUUGGCCCUCUAUCGUAUGCUGGAGAUAUCUGGUCGUUAGGUCUUCUCAUAUGGCAAAUUAUUGGGCUCAAAUCACUUUUCACAACCGAUUUUCCCUACCCAGACGAACUCAUCUCAGACUAUAUUGACGUUCUACGUCCUGGAGUCGACGGUUUCGAUAUGCCGGAAAGCUGGUGGUAG